AUGUCCCAAACAACACAGCUUCAAAUCGCUGUCAUUGGGGCUGGUAUAGCUGGGCUUGCCACUGCCAUCGCCCUAAAAGACCACCCGAACGUUGACGUGCAGAUCUACGAACAAGCGGGAGAACUUCGAGAGAUCGGAGCUUCUAUCGCGCUCGGACCAAAUGGUUUGAGAACUCUUGAAAGGCUGGGCGUGCACAACGCGUUGGAUAACUCGAUUGCUUUCAGAAAUAAAUCCGGACACCCUAUGAUAUACCGCCAUUGGAAAACCAACGAAAUUGUCUCGGCAGACUCUCACCGCGGUGAUGUGGAGCCUCGCCAUCAUACAGCUCGCUUCCAUAGGGCACAUCUCCAGCAGGCGCUGCUGCAACAUGUAGAUCCUUCGACGAUUCACCUGAAGAAAAGCUUCAAGUCUGUGAAGUUUGACAACGCAACCGAGAAACUAGUUAUCUCUUUUACCGACGGUACCACAGCGGCGGCUGACCUUCUUCUCGGUGCAGAUGGUAUUCACUCUCUUGUUCGCACAUCAUUUCUCCCGACCUCGGGCACCGCUUGGACAGGGUGGCUUGCUUUCCGCUCGGUAUUUCCCAUCUCUCACCUUUCUCAUCUUCCAGAGAUACCAGAUGAGGCAACUCACUAUUGGGGACCAGACCGGACCUUUUUCGUCUCAAAGCUCGGAAAGGACUUGUUCACUACUGUUGCCAGUUACGACAGCGAUCCUCACGCUCCUGAUGCAGCUGGCACAACCUCCAAAUGGGACACAGAGGGUGACGUUAAUUCUCUCAAGGAGAAAUACAAAGACUGGAGCCCGCAGAUCCGCAGCAUCGUUGAUGCGAUACCCUACACCAGGGUUUACCCGAACGUAGCGGCCCAUGGACUUGACACUUGGGUGCUCGGCGAUGGGAGAGUCACUCUUGCGGGGGAUGCAGCUCAUGCACACGGCGGCGCGUUUGCAGCCGGUGGAAGCUUGGCUCUUGACGAUGCUUGGGCUUUCGGUGCUUCCAUCCGACAGGUCUUUCCGGAAAAUGCAACGGAGCUGCCCACUGAUAGAAUAGCAACAGCACUCAAGUUGUAUGAAAGAACUAGAAAGGCGCACACCGACAGGCUGAUAAAGAUCGUGAAUGAUAACAAUAAGAAGAGGCUCGAGCGCUUAGGACAGACGGAAACAGACGAGGAGUUGAGAACCAGGAUGAAGAGCCGAGCCGAUACGAGCUGGAUUCACGAGCAUGAUGUGGUGGCUGCUUUCCAGCAAGCUCUGGCAAGUGAGCCCAGUCAGGUCUAA